AUGACAAGGACUAAGCUCGACAACACCAUCAACCUUAACGAAUCAAUAAACACGGAGAGACUACAUGAUAGUGGCAUGGUCUCUAGAGGCUUGCUUGACAUCUUCCGAUUCUCGUGGUUCGCGGAGGGUUCAACUUGGAAAAAAUUAAAGGCGGGCCAGAAAACGUUCUAUUGGGAGGAGUUCAAGAAGAAGUUUUUUUGGGACUCGAUCUACCCCGAGCAAUUGAUCAGAGAUGUGUUUAUGAGGCAUGCUGUAAAUCGCUACAAGGACACUUUGCAUGCGCUGAAGGGAAAGAGGGAUGACAGCGUCAACGAUACUGUUUGGGAUGCCUGGCAGGCAGAGUGGGCUACGGUGGAGGGUCAGGAGCUCGGUCGUAUACCGACCUACACUAAGUUGUAUGUUCGUAUGCACUCGACGCAGAAGGAUCAGACCAAGUUUGUGGACAAGAGGUCCAAGGAUAAGCCUGGGGUGAAGAAGCAGCGGGUUUACGGAGUUGGUUCAGCUGCGGCUUCAUACAUCGCAUCGUCACAGACCAGCCAUUCCCGUGGAGGUUCAUCGUCGUCCCAGCAGACUCAGACGCCCGAGGAAAUAGGGGAGAGGAUUCAGACAGAGGUCGAGGCACGAGUGCAUGGGAUGGAGGAGCGGGUGCGAGGGCAGGUUCAGAGGGACAUAGAGGCUACCGUGGACGAUCAGAUUGCUGAUAGAGUCCGUUCGGAGCUGGCGAAGAUGAUGAAUUCUCUACCGCCAGGUUUUUGCCCCCUGCAGCCCCCACGAGGCCCGGAUGACGAGGACAUCAAUAGAUUCGGUUUACCAGAAUCCCCUUCUGGCGCCCUUCCAAUGGUUGUAUUGUGCCUUUCAAGUACGAUUGUGAAGCCACCACCGGAUCAAGGAGUCGCCGCCAUUUCCGCAAGUUAUCAUUUGGCGCCGUCUAUGGGAAAGAAAGUAAGAAAGUUUCCCCCUUUCUAUUUCACAGGAGGGCAAUAG